AUGAGGUCAAUUGAGCUUGCUGGCCGGUCGGGCGUCGCCCUGAAGGGGGCGCUCCAAGCCCAGCGGCUUCGGUCUGUCGCACAAACACGAACUCGACUUUUCUCCUCUGUCGGGGCGGCCUCCCUCACGCCAACCUACGAGAAGCUCUACCAAAAGUACUCCGAGGUCCGCCGCGUGUUGGGGACCCAGCGUCUGACGCUGGCCGAGAAGAUCCUCUACAGUCAUCUCAACAAUGUCGAGGAGUCGCUCCUGACCAACACCAACGGCGGCCGCGAUGUCCGCGGCAAGGCCAACCUCAAGCUCAACCCCGACCGUGUCAACAUGCAGGAUGCCUCGGCCCAGAUGGCCCUCUUGCAGUUCAUGUCCUGCAGCCUGCCCCAGACGGCCAUCCCCGCCAGCAUCCACUGUGACCAUUUGAUCGUCGGCGAGCGCGGUGCCGAUGACGAUCUAUCGACUGGCAUCAAGACAAACCAGGAGGUCUUUGACUUCCUCGAGUCGGCCGCCCGCAAAUACGGCAUAGACUUCUGGCCCCCCGGUGCUGGCAUCAUCCACCAGACCGUGCUCGAGAACUAUGCUGUGCCCGGCCUGAUGAUGCUGGGCACCGACAGCCACUCGCCCAACGCCGGAGGCCUGAGCACCAUAACCAUUGGCGUCGGUGGCGCCGAUGCCGUCGAGGCCCUAGUAGGCGCCCCCUGGGAGCUCAAGGCCCCGCGCAUCCUCGGCGUGCGCCUGACGGGCAAGCUCAGCGACUGGGUGUCCCCCAAGGACAUGAUCCUCCACCUUGCCGGCUUGCUCACCGUCCGUGGCGGCACCGGCUACGUUGUUGAGUAUUUCGGCCCCGGAGUGGACUCGCUGAGCUGUACCGGAAUGUCGACGGCUUGCAACAUGGGUGCCGAGAUUGGAGCAACCACAUCCAUCUUCCCCUUUACCGAGGCUUCGAGCCGCUAUCUCAAGUCUACCCGGCGAGAGCAGGCCAGCAGAGACGCCGCGCUACUACAGAGCUUCCCGGGCGCCGGUGCCUCUGAGGAUGCCCACUUCAGGUUUAAAGCCGACGAGGGCGCACAGUAUGACGAGCUCAUCGAGAUCAACCUCUCGGAUCUAGAGCCACAUAUCAACGGCCCUUUCACGCCUGACCUGUCAACCCCCCUCUCCAAGUUUAAGGAGACGGUGAUGGAGCAAAACUGGCCCGAGAAGCUCUCGGCUGGCCUCAUUGGGAGCUGCACCAACAGCUCGUAUGAGGACAUGACGCGUGUUGAGAGCAUCGUCAAGGAGGCCGAGAAGGCGGGUCUGAAGCCGGCUGCUGACUUUUACAUUACGCCUGGCAGUGAGCAGAUCCGCGCCACCCUGGAAAGAGACGGCACCCUCGAGACAUUUACCGAUGCCGGCGGCAUUGUCCUGUCCAACGCGUGCGGGCCGUGCAUUGGGCAGUGGAAGCGCCAGGACGGAGUGGAACAGGGCACGCUGAAUGCCAUUUUCACCUCGUACAACAGAAACUUCCGCGGUCGCAACGACGGCAACCCGGAAACCAUGAACUUUUUGGCGUCUCCUGAGAUCGUGACUGCCAUGGCCUUCGCGGGGUCGACGACCUUCAACCCCAUGACGGAUAGCCUCACGACGCCUGACGGGAAGGAGUUCCGCUUCCCUGCGCCUCACGGUCUCGAGGGGCCCGAGACUCCUUUCGAGUUUGGAAAGGAUGCUCUCAAGGCUCAAUCCCAGUCCCCAGACCCUAACGUCGAAGUUGCCAUCUCACCAUCCUCUAAGCGUCUUGCCCUGCUGGAGCCCUUCGACGCCUUCCCGUCGUCGGAUCUAUCGGGACUGCGGGUGCUUGUCAAGAUCACGGGCAAGUGCACCACCGACACCAUCUCGGCGGCUGGCCCCUGGCUCAAGUACAAGGGCCACCUGCCCAACAUCAGCGCCAACACUCUCAAUACGGCCGUCAACGCGGAAACGGGCGAGGUCAACGCGGCGUACGACCUUGAUGGCAACAAGCACACAAUCCCAGAGCUAGCGCGCAAGUGGAAGGAGGCGAGCCAGCCGUGGCUCGUCGUGGCCGAGCACAACUACGGAGAGGGCUCGGCGCGCGAGCACGCGGCGCUGCAGCCGCGGUACCUCGGGGCGCGCUUAAUUGUGUGCAAGAGCUUUGCGCGCAUCCACGAGACAAACCUCAAGAAGCAGGGCGUCGUGCCGCUGACCCUAGCCGACGAGGCCGACUACGACCGCAUCAACGCCGGUGACGAGGUGGCGACGGUCGGCCUCUACGACAUGCUGCGCAACGGCGGUCAGGGCGAUGUCAGCCUGCGCGUCACCAAGAAGGGCUCGGGCGAGCAGUUCCUGGUGCCGACCAAGCACGCCGUCAGCAAGGACCACGCCGACUUCAUCCUCGCCGGCAGCGCCCUAAACCUGCUCUCCAAGGGGCUUUAG